GUUAGAGCAGCGCGAACCGCGCACGGACUUUGGGCAGCCACGAGCACGUGGUCCCAGUCAGUGCGACACGCAACUAGCCAGAGCUGCGCGCCGCAGAGCCCCCAGGGCGCCACUAGUUUGAACUAGGCCCCCAACCGGCUGCAGCAGGCAGCCAUCUUUUGCGCCGGCACAGAUUGAAUUCAAGCGCAGAUGGCCGACUGGUCAAGCAACUCGCAGCAUUCGGACCAUUCAGGCAACUCGUUAGACAACAAUCUUUGCCUCUUCGAGGACUGGCCGGCGUGGAAGCAGAAGCAGCACCUUGCCAGCUGUUGCCCGAUCUGCCAAGAUCCAUACACCGCGGAGGACAUCGACGAUAAUCUGGAAGAGCGCCGCGAAUGCGCGGGGUGCGGGAAGAGGGCCUGCCCGGAGUGCCUGGAAGGCUGCACCGAGUGCGCGAUCAAUCGAGACUGCCCAUGCGAUUGGGAGAACGACGCGUGCCAUUGCGAUGAGGUACCCAAGCCCGUGUACUGCGAAGCCUGUCGCAAGGGAAUUCUAAAGCGGGAGCGCUGCGGAGAAUGGGUCUGCGCGAAGCACCACAAAUGGCACGACGACACCGCGGAAGCCGCGACCGAAGAGAACAUUUACAGAGGGGGGUGCAGCAAGUGUAUACUCUAUAGCCGCAAGAAACGCGACACGCUCGUCCGCGAGGUCGAGCGCAAUCUGUUGCUCGGCGCCAAGGACCGGGCCGCGCCGGUCAAGGACGCGCCGAAGGCGACGGUCGUGCUCGAUCGGCUCGUGCGUACGGGCCAGGCGCCCAUGGCGAGCGUCGUGCUCGACUUCGCGGGCGGGCGGCGCGACGGCCCGCGUCGCAAGGCGAAACUGCGGGCCAAGAAGGACCUGACCGCCAAGGUGCCCCGGAAACAGUGUGCUUUGAAGGCGCAGCUCGCCAGGCUCGUGGGCGGGGGGUACGUGGUCGAGAAGCGCCAGGUCAGGAAAUUCCUAAAAUACUAGUAAC